AUGUCACCCUUAGCCUUUAUUCAAACUGUAAUCUAUGCUUACGUUACUGGGGAAUUGCAUCGAGUUCGCGUUUUCAGCCGAACGGAAAUGACUUCAUCGUUGGUUUUUGCUCUUGUCACAAAUGGUGUCAUUGCCUUCUUUCUUAACGUUGUUAGUUUCACGGCAAAUAAAAAGACAUCGGCCCUGACUAUGACUGUGGCCGUGAGGUUAUCAAAGGAGAAACUAUCUGUUUACAUAGCUUUGAAGUUUAAAAUGAGAAAGAUGGAUGAUUACUCUCUUAGCAAAAUCCUCUUUAAAUUACCAUCUUACGGAACAUACGGAACAAGAAACGCCCAUCCGAUUCUAGGAAAAUCCUAA